AUGGCAGAGCACAAGACCGCCUGCGGCCGCAAAACGCAGCAAGAAGCCGCAAAGAGGCACAACCCCCGAGACACCCGAGCGGGAGAUACCGCACAGAUGAAACUCCUAGGUGUUGGCUCACCCCAGGCGCUGCCCCCCCCCUUGGCCGGCGGGGGUUAUCCCGGCCAUUUGGCGGCAACCCGCGACACGACGGGGGCUCCCGCGUGGAGUGCGCACUUGCCGCCUACACUGGCAAAGGCUGUGGAAGAACCAGCAAGCCAGCAGAAGAAGACACAGACAUGGAGGGGAAAAGAAAGCUCUGGUAGAGUGACUUACAGACCCCAAACUGCUCAUUGCCCCACCAAGGGCCUGGAUGAGAUGAUCGGGAACUGA